ACUUCUUCAGAAGAGCGCACACCACUGCAAGAAGAUACUUUAGAAGACAACCUCGGCAGAGAAAUCUUCUGUAAACUUGUUCUGGCAAGUGGGCGAGUCAACAUGAACAAGUUUGUCGUAGCUGUCGUUUUGUUGGUCGGCAUCGUUGUGACAGGUGCUGACGACCCUCCACCCGAGAUCACGGUAGAGGAGAUGCCACCUCUACCGUCCGGGGAAGACGUCCCACCCAUGACCGCCGAACAGUGGUUGGGCUUGCUGGGGAAUACGCAGAGCGGUAGGGUAAAACGGCAGGCUGGACACUGCAGAAACCUGUACGGUGAUUGCGGCUGUUUCUACUUCAAGUAUCAAGGCCACUGUGAGUCCGACACCGCUGCGUGGCGGAACUGGAUGAACCAUUAUUGCAAAGCUGCAUGUGCAAUCUGUGAACCAGGUAGGUGGGGGCUGUACAAAUUGUUGAUGGGGUCCGGUCCAGACAUGCAUGUGUGAAAUAGGUGGGCGGGAAAGUCUUGAAAACAUUAAGUGAAAGUCUUUAUUGGGUCCUAUUGAUCCAACUAACAAGGCUAGGAUUAAUUCCCAAAGCAUGUUCGGGUUGAUAACCCACUGCGGCGAUUGGAAGAUGUGAAAUCAACGGUAGGGAAGAA